AUGGGCUGUUCGUUGUCGACAGAAACAAAGAGGGUAGCGUUGGACCCGAAGAAGUUGAAGCGGACUCCAUCGGGGAACCAUUAUAUUUUCGAAGUACCCGUGGAGGACCUGCAAAUGCCGGGCGAAAAGGAGCAUCAUAAUAAGGUUUCUACUCCGACUCCUCAGUACGACGAAGCCAUGGACGACAGUGCUGAGAAAUUACUGGACGCCGCUUUGGAAGCACAAGAGAAAGUUCUUUAUUACUUAUCUGCCGAGGGCAAGGCUGAAUUCGAUCCUAAUGGGAAGUCGGGCGAAGUUACUAUGAUGGUGAGGUCGCAGACAAGUGAAACUCUCCAGAUCGUCAUGGGCUAUCGCUCGUUCGGUGUGGAUGAAAUCGAUAUGCAGCGGCUUCUGGACGUUCUCAUGGACCCAGAAGCGAGAAAGGACUUUGAUAAGCAAACCGCUGAUGGGAAAAUGUUGAAGAAGGCUCUCAUCGAUGAGCCCGACAGGCGUUUGGAUCUGCAUUAUGAUGCUUUCAAAGGUAUGAUGAACGUCGGUGGACGUGACGCAGUGUUUGCAGUUCUGCGACAGAAGAUUAAUAACAAUCUUUGGAUUGUUUCGUCAAAGUCCGUGGAUCUUCCAGAGUAUCCUGAGAAUGGUGUCCUGUCUGGGUAUGUCCGAUGUGAUGUUAAGUUUGCGGGAUAUGCAAUGUCAAUCGAUCCCGACACUGAGGAGCUGACAGUGACCAUGUAUAACCAAGUGGACGUGAAGGGUAACAUACCCACUUGGAUCGUUAACAAGGCACAGAACAAACAGCCUGCAUGUUUGAAUGACUUGUACAAGCUCGUGAGAAAAGAUUAA